ACUAUGACAAACUUUUAGUUUUGAUUUAAGAUACAUUUAAGUGGCUGCAAAACAAAACAGUGUCAAAGAAUUGAAUAGUCAAACAAGAACGAGACAAAUUAAUUUAGUUUGUAAUACUCGGUACAGUAAGUGUAUGUAAGCCAACGUAUGUCGCAAUGUCCCGUGACUUCCUACCGUCAAAGCUGUUACAUGCACAAGACAGCAUACAACACAGAUUUCGAGAUGGCCGGACUUUAGACUCGUCUUUGAGAGAUUUACUCAGAUAUCCAAAUCCAGAAGAUCGCCUCCCACGAAUGGACGUCAUGACCUAUGGCGGAAAACAUUUUGUUGUGGACGGGAAUCGCCGUCUGUACCUGUUGAAAAAACUGGAGGCUGCUGGCUUAGUGAAUACAGUUUCAGUCAACAUGCUACCAUUCGAUUUCUACUAUUUCAAUCGAAAGCAUACAACUGAUUGUGAGGGAGUGUCCAUCCGUAUUCGUAAUGAUUUUUCGAUGGAAUCUAAGAUCAGGAAUAUUAUCCAGCAGCACAUGCAAGACAAGUCUAAAAAUGAACAACAUGGACGUUAUUCGGGCUCAUCGACUCCUGGACGCCAAGAACGAUCCACAAUGGAUUUUGGUUCUGGAUCACUUAGUCUAUCAUCAAGAACUCAACCGAAAGCGGCUACUAUUGAAGAUCGACGUUUUUAUUCUUUGGGAACUGUUAAAUAUAGAUGGGUUAUCCCAAGGAAACUGUUUUGAAACUUUGCCGACAAUACAAUACAGACGAGUUAACAACUCUUGGAAUUGUUGAGACGUUGAAAGCUGUUUUUGAGCAGACGAUGUUUGUAACAACCAAACUUAAAAUGGACUUUUGUAGAAAUACAAACAGCGCAUUGCUUUGUGAUCUUUACCUUGACCAACUUGAAGGAACAUACGAAAACAUGUAUGAUAUAGUGAAGAGUAUUCACUCAGACUUACAGAAAUAAAUGUAAGCGAUUUCUUAGCCUUAAAGGGACUGUCGUCAGUUUGCUGCCACUGUAACAUGUUAACGAUUAACAAAUUCUUUUGAUGACUAAAAUUACAAAUUAAAGAUAUUUUCCUGUUUAGAAUACCCGAAUAUGUAUCUGUGUAUCUUGUGUAGGAGCCCAAACCAGAUCUUACCUUCAGUUAAUUUCGUACGUACGAAACAAAAUCUGUGUUACGACGAAACAUAGUCAGAAACAUCUUACACUGGCUGCAAACUGACGACUGUCCCUUUAAGUUCAGCCACCUGUUUUUGAUAAAACGUUUGUGACUAUUUGACUGGUUCCCGAAGUGUUCAUUUGGUUUAAUACAUAACGUAAAACCAGUCUAGCAAACAUUGCUUAGGGACAAAUGGUUGGAGCCGCUGGACCUACCCCUCGUUAUACCAACUGUA